AUGAAGAAGAAAUUAACUUCGAUCUUUAGUCAACAUCCGAAUAUUAAUCAUAAUAACUUUAAUAGUAGUAGUUGUAGUGCCAAAGUAGUAAAUAAUGACCACGACGAGAAAAAUGACGAGAAAAUUGCAAAAAAACAAGACGACGUUGAUGAUGAUGACGAGGAUGAAGGUCGCGGCAGUUUAAGUGAAAAAUCAGACAAGAAUAUUAUUAUCGGGAAUUGUUGUGAUAAGAAAAUGGAAGAUAAGAGUAAUAAUCAUAAAUUUGAGUACAAUGUUAAAAGUAGUAGUUGUAGUGAUAAAAUGUUAAAAAAUAAUAACGAAAUAAAAGUGUUGGCGCCAAGUGGUGGCAAUGCAACGACGACAACAACAACAGCCGCAGAAACGAAAUCGACGUCGACAAAAAAUAGCAGCAACAAACAAAAUAACCUUGAUUUAGCUGAAACUAUCGGAACAUUUACAUUACCAAGGAUUGCUUUAAAUAAAGCAGGCUCGAGCUAUGACGAAGACAUCGGUUUUGUGGAUAAUAAGUCGGCUGUUGGUAGUCAAGGAACAGUUCGUUCGAGUAUUGCGCCCACAAAUCUGCCCACUGCCACUGCCAGUCAUCAUCGACCCCGACGUGUCAGCACCUCACACUAUUCCACGGAGAAAAGUGCCUCCUCAGGUUAUUACGGCUCAAAUUUGUACUCAGCUGGCGGCUCGUCUGUCGAUGAACACAUUUACAGCGAACCUGUGAUCAUAGAAAAUGUCGAAGUGCACACGAAAAAAAUCCAUUCGAAGGAGCGAAAAUGUCUUGCGAGUCUCAACAAAAGUAUCACGUGUCUCGAAAGUUGUCUGGAAUCGGAGAAAAAACCCUCAGACAAGACUAAAAAGGAAUUACCAAGCAGUAUUGUGAACCGGCGAAAAGCUUCGUUGCCACGAGAUGGCACGAUACCGCGCCCCGUGUGGCCUGGCGAAGCUUCCGAUGAUUCACUCACGAACAUCAACUUGGAUGCAUUUAACUUGCAAGCGAAUGACUUGAUCCAACUGCACACGCCAAAGUCUGAGAAGCGACAAAGUACCUUUACGAACCCCGAUUCGGGCAAGGGAACGUCCGAAGGUGCCUCCGAGUACAUGGAUAUGGAUUAUCACGAAACGCGAAAUAUUUUGGUGAACAUCCGGAGUAAGUUGGAAACACUUCUCGAACAACAUCGGAGCACCAUGACUAAGACUAAUCCCUUCAAAGAAACAAAAACCACGGGAAACAGCGAACUCGAACAAAAUAUCAUCAGUUUACGAAACGAUCUAGAGAAAUAUUUGACAGUAAUGACAGAAAAAAGUGAACUCGAACUCCAACGAUUCUCAACCACAAUGUCCAAAGAUUCUCGCAUCCAAACUGUGACAAAAGCCUUUGAUCGUCGUCAAGAUUUCGACGCUGUUUCCCUUCGCAAGAAACAACCCGUGACUGCCUACAGUUGUUACAGUUCCCAAAUCAAGCCGCCCCUCUCACGGAAACCCUCCAUCGAGAAGGGAGACUUUAUAAUGACUUGCAACGACCAAAUCAAUCCCUUUACCGCGACACCCUGUGAUACCGUAAUCCAGAUAAUCAGUGAUGCCAGUGCCGGAGGCGAAAGCAGCGAUUCACUCAAUUGCGAUGGCAAUAAACCGCAAGCCAAAAAGUGCAAUCGUCACCCAUUGUCACAAAUGCAGAAAAAUUUGGCAUUUUCACAGCUCUUGAACGACUCGUUCAACAACAAUGCCAAAUUCGGCGACGACCGCGAACGAAUGCUGAACGAAUGGCAUCGCGAUAAACCCAGCAUCUGGGAAAUGUACUACGGCACAAAUCGGUAUAGCAGCAAAAUUGAGCAAGGCUUGAUACGCGAGUAUAAAUAUCCCAGGAAUAAUUGUGCCAUGAAUGUGUCAUAUCCAUCAACACGCCCCGAGUCAGAUUUCACGUUGGACAUGCCGCGUGCCGAGGAACUCCGCGAAAAGAUGGAACGGGAGAAGAUUUUCCGGAGUCGUUGCCGGCUAACAACUUAUUUCUUGGGAUUGAUGGUCUUUCUACUAACUGUUAUGAUUGUAAGCUUAGUUUUGACUCGUGGCAAGCGGAUGUUUGGAAGUAUGCUUUAG